AUGUCCUCAGCAGCCAGAACCGUCACCCUCCGGCGUCUCGAAGUAAUCGCCUUCCCACCAGCCUUAAUCCUCCUCAUCGCCCACGGGAUAGCAUCCGAGCGCGCCUUCCCGGCCCUAGGUCUCCUCCCGCUCGCCGCCUCGGCCGUCCUCGCCCUCUUCGUCCUAAACCGCGAUGCCGUCGCCGCCCUCGGCUCACCGAUCCAAGCCCUCUCCGAGUCCAACAUCUUCUGGGCCGACUGCCUCCUCGCGAUCUUCCACCUGGCAUUCCUGAUCCCGAGUUGGAUCCUCCUGACUGAUCCGUGGCACGAGCCACUGAUUGUGCUGGGGACGUAUUGCACUGUGUUCAUGAUGUUUGACUUUGUCGCCAAGACGGGCUUUUUCUCGUCUACCGUUUCCGAGUAUACACCACUUAGCGACGGCGAUGAACCAGAGAUGGCAGCUCGGGAUAUUGAAGAAGGAAAUGUAGCCAAUCGUCUUUGA